AUGGCGUCGACCACGUCUUAUGCUGCCAGUUCAAGCUUUGCCGUUCCUUCCACUCUCGCGCAAAACACCGCCACCGCUGCAAGUACCGUACGCGCUGUUAGCAGCAACGCCAUCGGACCGUCACGGAAUUCGAUGCAAGGGCUGGCGCUGACGCAGCGUAUCACGUGCCGUGAGCCACGCAAGCGUGUGCUGACCAAUCAUCGCGUGCCGCGUGGAGUGCGAGCCGCAGUAGCAACGGGUCACGCGAAGGCGGCCAAGGCGAACGGCGCUGCGAUUCUUCACCGGGUAGAAGAGCUUUCGGACGGCACGGUGGUGCUGCGGUUCGCCGCGGCCGGCACCGUCGGCAGCCACGUGGAGGUGGAGCGGAACGUGGUGGAGUUUCUGCAGGAGUGCACCACGACGUACUGCCGUCUCAUCGAUAACGACACGAUCGACCAGAUCGUGGGCACCCACGUGCCCCUCCAACCAGCCCAGCAGCUAUCGCAUCUGGUAACCACCACCGCCCACAACACGGUUUCCGCGCUCAAGGAGACCCUGACAGGCCACUCCCAUCAGCACCACCACGCGCCUGCCACAAACGGCCAUGCCGCUGCCAGGGAAACACAGCUUGCUGCUGUGAAAACCACUCCUGCGCGAGCUGCUGCUGUUGCUCUUUCUGCAGCAUCACAGAAACCAGCAGCAGCAGCAGCAGCAGCAGAACCACCAUGA